AGGAAAACUAUGAUUUGUAAUAAUGAGUGAAACGCGGCUAUAUGAAAGAAUUUCGGAUAAAGAGGUGGGGCUACCAAGAUGAACCGACGGUAGUCGAAUGCCAACUCUUCAUCUACAGCUUUGAUUCUUUUUCGGAGACGACUAUGGACUUCUCCGUCAAUAUGUUUCUUCGUCAACAAUGGACAGACUACCGCCUUCAUUUUCACGAUCUAAUCCCGACCAGUAUUAUCCAGCUGGACUCUCGCUUCCUGGAUAACAUCUGGGUGCCUGAUCUUUACUUCGUGAACGGCAAGAACGGCAAGCUGCACGACAUCACCAUGCCCAACAGACUGAUCCACGUGUACAAGAAUGCUACAGUGCUAUACAAUAUACGUGUUUCAAUGACGUUCAGCUGUCCCAUGGACCUAACAUACUAUCCCUUGGAUAUUCAGAUAUGCUUCAUUGAAAUGGCCAGCUGUAAGUUGACUUAUUUGUUCGAUUGCUAA